UCUCUCUCUCUCUCAAUUACUCUUAUAAAUACCAAUUUUACAAAUGGCAUCUUUAUCUUCCCUCAGAGCCACCUCACACCGCCUUUCUCAGCUCCGAUUCAUCACCAAGCCCCACCCUUUCCUUUCCCCUCAUUCACUCCCAUUCUAUUUCUCAAUCACCCCCAAAACAAAGAAAUUGAGUCGAUUCCGAUUAUUCUCAAUGGCUGCAGAACCGAAGGAGUCACCUGCUAACAACCCCGGUCUCCAUGCAACUCCAGAUGAAGCUACUAAGGGAUACUUUAUGCAACAAACUAUGUUUAGAAUCAAAGACCCCAAAGUGAGCCUUGAUUUUUAUUCUCGCGUUUUGGGCAUGUCUUUGCUUAAGAGAUUGGAUUUUCCAGAGAUGAAGUUCAGCCUGUACUUUGUGGGCUAUGAGGAUACAGCAGAAGCUCCAACUAAUCCAGUUGAUAGAACAGUUUGGACCUUUGCUCAGAAGGCUACAAUUGAACUGACACAUAACUGGGGUACUGAAAGUGAUCCAGAGUUCAAAGGGUACCACAAUGGCAAUUCUGAACCUCGCGGCUUUGGACACAUUGGCAUAACUGUUGAUGACACCUACAAGGCAUGUGAAAGAUUUCAGAAUCUGGGAGUUGAGUUUGUUAAGAAACUAGAUGAUGGGAAAAUGAAAGGGAUUGCAUUUAUUAAGGAUCCUGAUGGAUACUGGAUUGAAAUAUUUGAUAAAAAAACAAUUGGAAAUUUAACACAAGCUGCUGCUUAAGACAAGACCUUCAGAUUUACUGUGAAUUUGGGACACAGCUACGAUGUAUAAUUGACCAAUUGCUUUUGAAGUGGCUCGUAUUUGUCAAACUUUCCGUUAAGAAUGAAUAAUUUGUAGUCAAAACUGAGUACCAAGGAUUGUGUUAUGAAUCCUAUGUUUUUAUUCGAAAUGCCUUAUAAUUGCUCGAUAAUAGAUUUUGAGGGUGUCUGCUAUCAAUCGGACAAGAUGAUACAUUUUUGUAUGUGCGUCGUGUUAUUAAUGGCAUGGGAAAAUGUUUUGUACUUUUAAAGGAACUAAGUUAUGUUCUUUCACCCCCUUAUAACUAUGUAUUCUGUGGAAUACAUAGUUAUAAUAUUAAAGUUGUAUUUUUUUUCACUUUUCACGUCAGCCGACAGCUUUUGAAGAGGAAAAAAGAACAAAUACAACUUUAAUAUUUAACUAUGUACUUCGGGAAGUAAAUAGUUAUAAAGGCGUAAAAUGACAUAACUUGGGUACU